AUGCCCAAGCUCAUUUCGCUCCUCAGACAUUUCGGCGCAUGGUUGUUGUGGUUUGCUUUGGUCUGGUCCUUCAGCAUUCCUCUGGAUCGUCAUCCCCCACACAUUCGAUCUACGUGUAGCGAUUGUGGCCUGGAAGGCUGGGCACUUUUGACCUGCCGCUCGUCGCCUAGCGUCCUGGUCGUCCGCUGCGUCUCCAGCGCUGGCUUCAUGUGGUUCCUGCCCACGUGGUUCAGGAUGUGGGUCGACGGGUGGGCCGGAGCUUUCGUGAGCUUGCGCAUACUCCGCGCCGUCUGCCGAGGCGUCAGGGACCCAAGGUUGGAUCAGCUACUCGGGCACCGCCGUGGGCCGUGGGACGGGACCCCAUAUUCACAACGCAUGAUCUGGACGCGUCACAACAUGGCCCUGGACGUCCUGGAGACUGCUGCUUCUUCUCCAGUCGUAUCCAACCUCGAUUGUGACGAGAAGCAGGCUUCCGUCGCUCCAAAUAUCUAA